UUCAUUGUAUUGAUGCACCUUCAUCCGAGACGACAAUGCCGCGUUGUGUGUUUUUAGGCUGCCUUUGGCGUUUGGCUUUUUACUUGUCCACCAGACAUCACAGCCAGGCAAGUGAGUUUAGCAUGGAGGGGGAUUUCAAACUUGGGGGGUUGUUUAAUGUGCAUUCAGCCAGUGACAUUGUAAUCCCGAACUCUCCUAUGGCGAUGCAGUGCUACAACCAGCCAUUUUCAAUGUCAGGUUAUCAGAUGUUAGAGGUGAUGAGGUUUGCCGUGGAGCAGGUCAACAACUCCACUCUCCUCCUGCCUAACGUCUCCCUCGGCUAUGAGAUCUACGACCUUUGCUUAAAAACUCAGAACUUCCCUUCCUUCCUUGAUUUCUUCUCAGACAAAGGAAAGAUAAAAGUGUCGUCUGCGAACAACGCUUCUAAACAUAAUGUUAUCGGUCUCGUGGGUCCGUAUGCCAGCUCAGAAUCUUUGGUCGUCACUCCUUUGUUCAUGAUGGACCUCAUUCCAGUGAUCAGUUACGCAUCUUCAAGCUACACUCUGAGCAACAAGUGGGUAUAUCCAAGUUUUUUACGCACAGUACCCACUAAUCAAGACAUCAUCCAGAUAAUGAUUCACCUCAUUCUGAGGUUUAGAUGGAACUGGGUGGCUUUUGUGAGCAGUAGAGAUGAAUACAGUCGAAAUGGGCUCGAAUUGUUCCGCAAGAACAUCAAAGACACUGACAUCUGCUUGGCUUUCUUCUAUGAGCUCACAAGACAGUCUAACUACGCCGAGGUCCUAAACAAGAUAGACUCGCUGAGCAUCAACGUAAUAAUAGUCUUCACUCUGGAAAACUUCGCAAGAGACUUUGUCCGAACGGCUGUGAACAUCAACAUGAGGGGGAAAGUCUGGAUAGCGGGUGAUACAUGGUCCAUGGACCAGGAGCUCUCCACCCUCCCUGGCAUUGGGCAAAUUGGGACCAUUUUCGGUGUCACCGAAACCACGUUGAGUAUACCAGGAUUUGAUGACUUCGUCUAUCAGACACGAGACAGUAAUAACAACGAUGACUGCCUAAAAUGUAAGGACACAAGGAAAUGCAAUCAAGUAUGUGAGAAAUGUAAAGCCCUAAAUCCGAAGGACAUUAUAAAGGAAAACCCUACGUACUCAUUCGCCAUCCAGUCUGCCGUCUACACCUACGCCCAUGCGCUCCAUCAAGUGCUCAACUGCAGCAACCAGGGGUGCAACCUAUCUAAGAACAUCCCACCUCAUAUACUUCUUCAAUACCUCAGAAAUUCAAGCUUUACGUUACAAGGCCGGCAAAUUAAAUUCGACAAAUAUGGAGAUCCACCAGCCAGCUUUGCAUUAGUGCUAUGGAGACCAAGCCAGGACCCUUUAUUUGUCAAAGUCGCCACAUACGAAACUCACCCAACGGUUCGGUUCACCUUGAAUGAUGACCUUAUUCCCUGGUUUAAAAAUGGCACAGUGCCAUAUUCCAACUGUUCCAUUCUAUGUGAUACUGGUUUUAAAAAGAUCCAAACUUCAAUGCAUAAGUGCUGCUUUCAGUGUGAAAAAUGCAAUGCCCAUACAUAUGUCAACACCACAGCGGAUGCUUACACUUGUGCUCCAUGCGUGGAAGGCUACUGGUCUGAUGAGAAAAGCACAUACUGCAAAAAAAGAAUCAUUGUGUAUCUUAAUCUUGAGGACCCACUUUGCAUACUUUUCCUGGUAUGUGCUGUGUCCUUUAUUGCUAUCUCUAUCGGACUCAUCAUCCUUUUCGGAAUCAACUACGACACUCCUGUGGUGAAAUCCGCCGGUGGUAACAUGUGUUUCCUUAUGUUAUUUUGUAUGGUGUUUGCCAAUAUCGGGGUGUUCUUUUACUUCGGAAUCCCUCAAGAGAUGAAUUGUGCUUUGAGAAAUGUCUUCUUUAUCUUUUUCUACACCAUUUGUCUAUCUUGUAUGGGUGUACGCUCAUUUCAAAUUGUUUGCGUUUUCAAAAUUGCUGCCCAAUUCCCGAACUUCUAUUCCUGGUGGAUGAAGAAUAACGGUCAGUGGCUUUGCAUUACGGUCUACUCUUUCGUUCAGCUUAUUGCUUGCGCAGUUUGGCUUCUGUCAGGCAGACCCAAACCUUACAAUGACAGUCUGUCUUAUAAAGAUCAGACUAUUCUGACCUGUGAUAUGGGGGCACUGGUUGCAUCCACCUUGGCUUGGUCUUGCCUCUGGUUCCUUAGCAUAGUCUGUUUCUGUUUCUCCUACAUGGGCAAAGACCUUCCAAAAAGUUAUAAUGAAGCAAAGUCUAUCACCUUUAGUCUGCUUUUAUUUUACCUGUGCUGGAUUGGGUAUUUCACAGCAUAUAUUGUGUUCAGAGGAGCUUACAUACAGCUUUUUAAUGCAGUGGCUCAGCUGUCCAGUUCAUACGGAAUUAUAGUUAGUUUCUUCAUGCCGAGAGCCUACAUCAUUGUCUUUCAACCCAAGAAGAACACUCAGGCGUACUUUCAAUCAUCAAUCCAGACGUAUACACAGACACUUAGCAGAAUGUAG